AUGACUGGUCGCAAGUUCGCUCCCACUGUUGUCACGGCUCUUCUCGUCACAUUGCCGUCGUCCAUUACCUCGGCGCAAGAGUGUCCGCCCGACGUGAGCGAGUCGUUCGUGGCCACUGUUGACAACAGCACGUACUUCAGCACGUGUGCUGAGGGCACAACUUUCAGCAUCACGUCGGCUUUUGACGUCUUCAAUUUAACCGCCAACAACUUGCUCCAGUUCUGCAAUUCGUCGUCGUGCCUUGAGCCCAUUCACGAGCUCAUGGGCUCCCUUGACUGCAACAUUACGUACAUGGGUACACCCCGUAACCUCUCGUCGGAGGUCUCGGACCUCCACGACGUGUGCCACGAGGUCCUCGAUGCCGCCGCAGAAGGAAGCGGCCAGGCAGAGAAGAAGCCAAUGGACAUGAGUGGCCACGCCGAUGGCUCGAGCCACUCGGACCCGCCGACUUCGGAUGCAUCGUCUUCCGCUGUUCUACCGGCUGUGUUUUCUGUAGCCUCUGCUGCUCUGCUCGCCGUCGUUUUGGCGUAA